GAGAGACGACUCGUGAUGAACAUCAGAAGAAGAAGAUCAAUGUCCUAAUCUCAGAUCAAGGUUAAAUUACAUUUAUUAAAAAAAAAUCCACAUUACUAUUUAUAUUUUUCAACUUCAUUCUUUGCUUCCUCCUUUUCUUUAUCACGAGAUCUGUCUUUAUAUUUCUAUUUUCUUUUCUCUCUCUCUCUCUCUCUCUCUCUCGACAGUACUUGUUUCCUUUUUAGCUUCGGUGUUGAGUUUUUCUGACUUUCUUCUGAGAAGAAGAAGAAGAAGAAGCUGUGGGAAGAAGCCAUUAGAUUUUGCUUUUUAGAAACCAGAUCAAAAAAAGUACGAGGAUGUCUCAUUCUAGAAGGCUUUCGUUAGAGCCUGCUAUUACAGGAAGGUUCCGCGACUCAUUGAGUUUACAGAGACACGACAACGAUGACGUCAUCAACAAACCAGACUUCCGAGAACUCGAUCUCGGCUCUCCCGUUUCCACCUUAAUGCCACGUGUCUCCUCGUCCGCAGCAACUCCCACCAGCAGCUCCAGUUCCUCCGGCUCCGCUUCCGGAAAACCGUCGGUGGCGGGUAAAAGCCACUCCGGCGAGAUUCCCGGUGGCCCCGGAUCCGUAAUGCCGGCGGUUAAGAAUCUUAAACCGGGUCACCGGAGAUCCUCUUCGACCGGAAAGCCGCUGAUCUUCUCCGGCUCUAGCUUCUCCCACUCGGCGACGAGCCACAGCUCCGCCACGUCAGCAGUGUCGCCGAGUCCCGCCGUUUUACCCGCCGGCAACAUUUGCCCGUCGGGUCGGAUCUUGAAAACCGGAAUGGCGACUCGGAGCUCGACCAGGGCCGAGACUCUCUGCACGGGAACGGGAAACUACGGACACGGGAACGUCGUGCGAAGCGGCGGCGGAGGAAGCAACCACUCGGCGAGAGCAGACGGUGAAAUCCCCGAGGAGCUGAAGAGACUUGGGAACGAUAUGUACAGAAGAGGAAACUUCUCGGAAGCUCUGUCUUUAUACGACAGAGCAAUCUCGUUGUCGCCGGAAAACGCAGCGUUUAGAAGUAACCGCGCGGCUGCGUUAACGGCGUUAGGACGGUUAGGAGAAGCCGUUAAAGAAUGUCUCGAAGCUGUAAGGCUUGAUCCGUCUUACUCUAGAGCUCACCAAAGACUAGCUUCACUCUAUCUCAGAUUGGGAGAAGCUGAGAAUGCAAGACGUCAUCUUUGUUUCUCCGGUCAAUGUCCGGACCAAACCGAUCUCCAACGGCUGCAGACGCUGGAGAAGCAUCUCCGCCGUUGCUGGGAGGCUAGGAAGAUCGGAGACUGGAGAACGGCGGUCAAAGAAACCGAUGGAGCCAUUGGGAACGGAGCUGAUUCGUCUCCUCAGCUCGUAGCAUGUAAAGCUGAAGCCUUGUUGCGUCUUAACCAAAUAGAGGAUUCAGAUUUUUGUAUAUCUUCCAUUCCAAGACAUGAUGAUCAUUACCACUUUCAACCACAAGCUAAACUCUUUGGUAUGGUAGCUGAAGCGUAUGUCCUUUGUAUCCAAUCUCAAGUUGAUAUGGCAUUAGGAAGAUUUGAGAGCGGUGUUGUAAAGGCAGAGAGAGCUGCGAUGCUAGAUCAGACCAAUCCUGAGCUUGUGUCGGUUUUAAACAAUGUCAAGAUGGUUGUUAAGGCACGUACUCGUGGUAACGAGCUGUUUAGUUCGGGGAGAUACUCGGAAGCGAGUGUAGCUUAUGGAGACGGUCUCAAACAAGAUGGUUUCAACUCGGUUUUGUAUUGCAAUAGAGCAGCGUGUUGGUAUAAGCUCGGUUUGUGGGAGAAAUCAGUUGAAAACUGUAAUCAAGCACUUAAGAUUCACCCUAGUUACAUCAAGGCGCUUCUAAGAAGGGCUGCUUCAUAUGGAAAGCUUGGUCGAUGGGAAGAUGCGGUUAGAGACUAUGAGUUUGUGAGAAGGGAACUUCCGGGAGAUGGUGAAGUUGCAGAGUCUCUAGAGAGAGCGAAAAUCGCGGUGAUGAACAGAAGUCAAGAAUCUAAAAGCUUUGGAUACAAUAACCAAGUUGAAGCGGUUUCAUCUUUGGAUAAGUUCAAGAACAUUGUCUCACUUCCCGGUGUCUCUGUGUUUCAUUUCAAGUCAUCAUCAAACCGACAAUGCGAAGAGAUAUCUCCCUUCAUCAACACUUUAUGCCUCCGGUAUCCAUUAGUGCAUUUCUUCAUGGUGGAUGUGGAGGAGAGCUUGGCGUUGGCGAAGGCAGAGAGUAUCAGGAAAGUUCCAACGUUUAAGAUGUACAAGAAUGGAGACAAGGUGAAGGAGAUGAUAUGUCCGAGUCACCAGUUUCUUGAGGACUCUAUAAAGCAGUUCCUCUCAUAAUGCGAAAGCCUAUCAUCAAUCAUCAUUAUCUGCUUCCCUAUAGGUUGAUCCCAAGAGCCUAUUUUUAAGAAUUAAGAGAAGAGCUAUUCUAUCAUUCAACAAAUUGUUCAUUCUUUUUUUCUAUAUAAAUUUAUGUGGUUUGACUCUGCUUUGCUCUGAACGAGUAAAGUGUUCAGAAGUAAUCAAGAUAUGCAAGCUUCAUUAUCAA